AUGCAGAGUACAGAUACUAAUGCGAGUAACACUUGGGUGUUAGAUUCUGCAGCCUCUAUGCACGUCUGUAACAAUAAAUAUUAUUUUAACACAUUAAAGACAAAUAAAGAAUUUGACGACGUGAUUGUUGGAAACAACAAGAAGAUAAAGAUUGAAGGUGUUGAAAGUGUUCGCCUCAAACUUCACACUGGGAAGGUCGGAAUUUUUUAUCAUGUGAGAUAUGUGCCGUCGGGUGGUGCUAAUUUAAUUUCGUUGUGUGAGAUGGCAUCACGUGGGUACAAGUAUGUGAGUGAAGGAGAGUGGUGCAAAGCGUAUAGAGAUGAUGAUUUGAUUUUACAAGGGAGGAAGAAUAGCAACCAUAUUUGCUAUUUAGAUAGGCAGUCUGUUAAUAGUGUAAAUUACUCUUCUCAGACUCUUGUGCACAAGGGAGAUAUGAAGAACAAGAUGAAGAGAGUGAGUUUUUCUGAAGCCGUUGAGACACUUAGAGAUUUUUCGUCGAGGGAGGAUAUGUUGGGUAUCAACUCAAACUCCAAGUUAAUAUAA